UUUUUCGGGGCCGACAAGCCAAGCUACUCCAUCUUAUCGCACACGUGGGGCGACGACGAGCUGAGCUACCAAGAGAUCAGCAGCGGCCCCUGGAUGGAGUACGAGCACAAGCGCGGCUUCCAGAAGAUCGUAGCCUUCUGCGCCAGUUCGCCCAAGGCCGGUCACCUCUACCUCUACGGCUGGGUCGACACGGUGUGCAUCGACAAGACAAGCAGCGACAAGACAAGCAGCGCCGAGCUGUCCGAGGCCAUCCAGUCCAUGUUUGCCUGGUACCACCGGGUCGCCGUCUGCUUUGUCUUCCUCGAAGACCUCGUCCCUUCUAGAACCUGGUCAGCUGUAGGUGGUUUUACCCGCGGCUGGACACUACAAGAGCUCCUAGCUCCCAAGCACGUCGUCUUCUUCGACACACAGUGGGGGGAGAUCGGCACCAAGGCCCAGCUCAACGACGAGCUGCACAGGAUUACGGGCAUC